GAAACCAGACAAAAUUUUCUGUAUUAUUUCGAGGCGCGUAGGCUGUAUAACAGUUGCUAAUUCGUUUAUGUUACGUUUGAUUAUGGAUUUUCCCGGCAGAAGUGGGUAAAAUUUUUGUUCUAAGAAGUGCUAUUCCAAGGAAGGCCUGGCUGAACGCGCAGAGUCCCACCGUGACAUUACAACAACAACAACAACUCAGCAACUCGAACCAGGUUUAUUUGAUCUGUGUCAUUUUAAACUACUUGUAACAGGUGUGUUCUUACGGCCGCCGAACUCAUCUGCCUUGAUAAGAUUAGAUAACGUAAAACCUUAGCCUUCAUAAGGUUCCUGGUGAAAAGUCUAAAACGCCCUUAUAACCCUCAGGAAUCGGCUACAUUUAUCAGUGUUUAUUUGAUUAGCCAAUUGGUGUUUUACGCCGUACACAAGAACAUUUUACUUAUACGACGGCGGCCAGCAUUAUGGUGAGAGGAAACUGGGCAGAGCCUGUCGAAACUCACAGCCAUCUGCAGGUUGCUGACAGACCUUCUCAUGUACCGCAGGAGAGGAAGAUAGCAUGAGCUGGAUUUGAACUCACAGCAACUGCAUUGGCGAGAGGCUCCUGGGUCAGUGUGCCACACUGGCUCGCUAACCACCUUGGCCAUGGAGAUUCCUCAGCUACAUCUAAAAUGUUCAUUUGCCUGGACCAAGACAAUGAUGUGGACUAAAGUUACUAGUGCUGAUCUCUUCCUGUUUCUAAUGCACAUUGACAUGUAUAUUAUCAUCUGCAAUAAUCCUCUAGUCCAUCAGAUCUAGAUGCACUCAGUGUGCUAUUUUAAAAUUCUGACAUUCAUCGUAACACUCUCAGUCCAUCGCCGGCUAUCAACAAACAUGGCGCAAAUUUCCAGAUCUCCCUUCCAAAUUAUGGCAAUGUAUAUGAAUUUUAUGGUAGAAUCUCUAAUGUCAUCCUCUUGAUUGACUUUCCUCACCUACGAAACUACCGUAAUUAACUCUCUGUGUGGUGGUCACAUUGACUGCUAGAACUUUGGCGGUAAGCGAGUGCCUUGCCAUCAGCAGUCAUUUUAUAGUGUCACGUAAUCUACUUUUGAGUUUGAAAUGCAUUGGUAUUGGAAUCCUCAAGAAAACUGUUAUACUUUGAUUGCUAUCUGCAUGAACAACUUAACCUUCUUAACUCAAUCCAAAAAGGCAUAAAAAAGAACUUUUAUUUCUGGUGCAGGUAAGUUUGGGUGUGUGAGCCCAGACAUCAUUGAGAUCCACUCCAUCGAGCUGUAGUGUGCAGAUGUGCGGCGAUUUGUUUGAGAGUCGGCGAUGGACGCAGUGUUACGAUGAAAGUCAGAAUUUUAAAAUAGCUCUCUGGGAUCAUCAGAUCUAGGUGGGCUAAAUAAUCCUUGUGUGUCGAGGGUAACCUGCCUAUCUUUUUUGAAAAUAUCCUAGUUAUACGACUAAAGGACAUGUAGAUGAUAUUAAAGGCUUGUUUUGUUUCUUACUCUCGGAGGUUAUUAAAAAAACUCACGUUUUGCAUUCUCUGGUUGAUGCCAUUGUUGAACAGUAUAAAGAACAGAAUAGGCCAGCUCUGAAUUACCUCCCUUGUCAUACACAAGUUGACAUCAGUGACUAUGAUCUGGUAUAAUCUUAAUCCCAGCUAUGAUAUAAUGUAAGGUUAUUUUUGGAACCUAUAUUUAUUGUUAUGCAGAAGCCAUCAUCCUUAGCCCGAGUGAUUUUUGUACCUGAUUAUUACAUUGCAUUAGUGCUGAGAUCAUAUUUGACAGGACUUCGUCAAAGCUGUCUGUUGUAUUUAAUUAAUACCAGGAUUUUCAAACUACCUCUGUAUGGAUUAAAAUAAUACAUCACGUUUAUCUGUGGCUUUUGUAAUCAGUGUGCAAGAUUAAUUCAUAAGCUAGUCAAAGACCCAGCUUAUGAAUUUGUCUUAAUCCUUCGACUAGCCUAUGUCGCUUUAACACCGGAACUUGUUAUUAGCAGUUUUAGAAAUGCACCUUUUCGACUGGAGAGUGACCUGAAGUAAUGUGGUCACAAUAGCUUAAGGUAAUAAUAUAUUCUGUAUAUUCUAUGUAGUUUUAGAGUUAUUUUUAUUGGUGGUUUGCUUUGUAAAAUAAUUGGUGGGUUUAUUUUUUAUUUUUUUAUUGUUUUUUUUGGCCAUGAGAAAGCACUUGUAGGUCCCUUAUCAACCCUCAAAACUCAGUGCACCAUCGGUCACCAUCGGUCACCAUCGGCUUUGUCCUGUUAAGACUGAUUGGAGGUCACUUCGGAGACUUUUAAUUACCUCAGUUACUGAAGGUAGCUUACACCAGGCAUGCUAACGUUAGAAAGUCUUGUAUGCAUUUUAACCUUUAUUUCCAUCUUGUAACCUAUGCACAUGUUCCUGGACUACAUGUUUUUUGACUUGGCAUUGUUACAUGGUUUUCAGUACAGUUACAGUAAAUCUGACUUCAUUGUAUUCCUCUGUUUUAUAAGUCAGCUGAGGCCAAGGGAGCGAUAAACAUCUCAUUUGGAAUAUGGAAUAGUAGUGUGAAAAAGUCUGGUCAUUUUCUGAAAAAUGAGAGGCAGACUGGAUCAGAAAGUGUAGAAGUGUACUAUGUCCAACAGCAGAAGAAAGAAACUGACUAGUCGCGUGGAUGAAGACGCAUCUCCAACCUUUAGCAUGGUCAACUUAAGGCAGGAGACAACCUCGAUGGAAAACACUAUGAAAGACCACAUGGAUAAGACUGAAGCUGACAUCAAGCCCCUAACUCUUCAUAUUGAGACAAGUGCUGGAGACCUGUCAGGGUGUGUCAGCCCUGAUGCUGUUCCCUUCACCCCUGAGACAGGCUGUGUGAGACCCAACACAUACAGUGUUGCACCCAGAACUACACCAGCUCAACAGACUCCAAGCAAUGCACAGCAGAGUACAGCAUCAGCUCAUCAGGUACCCAGUGGGGCAGGGCAUUGUGAGGCACCACCCCCUGCCACAAGGCCCCAAUCACGAUCACCACCUGAUAACUUUCCUGCGAAAUCAAAGUGUGGCAAAGAUGACUUACCAGAUGAUAUAUCCCUUCAGUUACAGGUGUCAGUAAAUGCUUUACUUGAUCGUGAGUCAGGACAUAGUAAUGAAGACAAGAAACUGUCCAACAAGGCGGUAUCUGUAUCCAGUAGCUCAAAGACUGUAUCCAGCAGCUCAGCGUCUGUAUCCAGCAGUUCAGUGCCUGUAUCCAGCAGCUCAGCAACUAGUUAUGCAGUGGCUGUUUCCAGCAGUUCAUCAGAAGAACUGUGUGUCAGUACCAUGAAGCUCUCAGAGGAGGAAGAUGAUGAUAUCCCAGAUAGCAUGGUACCUGUUGAGGUUGGACUGCGUUGUUACGACAUACUCCUUCUUCACAGCGAGGAUGAACCAGAGAAUGCUUGGGAAGUGAAGAAACAUUUGGAAACAGAACUCCUGUUGAGUAAUGGGGAGAGAAUACAGGUGCUGUUAUACGAAGAACUAGUACAGAUAUUUAGACGUCAGAUCGGCUGUUUGAAAGAGGGAAUGGAUCACUGCACUUUUGUCUUCAUUCUUAUCACCAAGACUUUCUGUGAGUCUGACUUGAGCCGCUUUCUGGGAGAAGAGUGUCUGAUUAAAUCAAUUCAUGACGCAAACAAGAGAUGGAGUGUUGUUCCGUUGUUCACUCAACCCAAAAGGUCUGCUGAUUACUGCAUUCCGACUGGACUGAAUUGUUUGAAAGGCAUUAGCUACCACACGAGAGAUGAGUUCUACUCUUCAAACAUGAUCAAAAUGAUCGAGCAAAGGAGAUACAUUAAGAAUGAAAGGGAAAAGAAAAGGCUAAAGCGCAUUAAAAACUGGAAAGAAGACAAACGGCAUGAGCUACUUAUGGAAAGAAUAAAGGAAGAACAGCGUGAAAAGCAAGCAAAAGAUUUGAAAGAAAUGCAAUUGCAACAGCUUAAGAAAAGCUUAGAAAAUGCGCCCGUAAAUCCUAGUUAUAUGGCCAUUACUUCCUCCAGUUACAACAUGCCACAAGCAGCCAACUCUUGCAAAUAUCCCAACACUGAACAGUUAGGGAAUUUCCCUCCAUUUCCAUACCCAUGGACAAACCCUUAUGGAUAUCCGCAAUAUCCCCAUGGACAACCCAUGCACUUAACCAUGAGUUACCCACACCUCCAGCAGGCAUGGGGUGGAUAUGGCAUGCCUCCGGGGUUUGGAGGUAUCACUGAGAGCCACUCCAUGCCAGGGAACAUGGCAGAGAUGGCAGGGUAUUCUGUAGGGGAACAGCACGGUGGUCACACAGUGACCCUUGGAGCACGUCCCCCACCUUACCAUCAGUCUGACGGUAAGGCACUGGAGCAAGCCGGCUUGAGGAGAGGACCAGAGCCAACAGAACAGAUUGACACUAGUCUUGAUGGUCACAAGCUCUCCAGUAAGAAUGAAGAUACUGGACAGGGCACCAGCUCUGCCAGGUUUGAUACAGGUGAUAGAUGCUCGGAUCCAAAGACUGGAUCAAGUAACAACGAAAUGAAGACAAAAGAAGGCCUGCUUAAAGAGCAGUCAUUUGAUGCCGUCACCUACCUCAGAGAGGAAGAGCCAAGCACAGAUCCCCAGAGAUUCCCUCGCACAAAAAAAGAUUAUCGUCAAGGUUCUGAUAACAGCACUGCCUACAGUGAAACAGGGUUCCGUGAGUCUGACCAACAUGAAGCUAGCCUCAGCCAGGCUGUCCCGAUUCAGGCUUCACAAUCACUGCCUCAGGCUUCUGUCAGCAGCAGUGCCCAUGAACAUGACGAACAAGCAGUAACUCAUCAUGCUGGUUCCUGCACAGAUCCACUCUUAGAUUCCAGUGUGGAGGAGGAUGCAACCAAGCAGAUUGAGGAGACAUCAGUCAAGCAACAUCUGGAUGGUCUUAGAGUAAGGGAGUCAUCCUCUACACGGGCGCACGGAGCACCCCCUGCCACAGACUCGGGCUAUGCCUCCAGCAGCAGGUCAACAUCCAAAAUUUCUACGGCCUCGUACAUUCAGCAGAGCUUGGGAUUAACGACUCCAACAAAACAGAGCCACAGUGGAGUGGAGCAGGAGGAUGCUCAGAGAUCCAGGAGCAAAACUGACUCACUGAGCUCAUCCUGGACAUCUGAGUCAGACUCACUAAGCUCAGCCUUGUUAGCUGAGUCAGUGGCAGAGAGCAGAGAGCAGCAGUUUACAGGCAGAACUGAGCAGCACGGGUCUGUGCUGCGGGAAAUCCACCACCACCAUCACCACCACGAUUCUGAGGCCAAGAAGGUGAUCAUUAUUCAGAACUGUGACACAGUUCACCUAGGAGACAGGUCCACCGUUCAGAACAUCCCACAUGAUGUUGCGCAAUACCGGACUGGUCACCAGGGGUGGGAUGACCGGUCAGAAACUUGGCAGGGAGAGGCGGGUGUUUGGAUGAAGAUGAGGAAGAGAGAAGAUAUGAAGAGGAAGAGAGGAGAUAUGAUGAGGAAGAGAGGAGAUAUGAUGAGGAAGACAGAAGGGGUAAUGAAGCAGGUGAUGACAGGAGCGAUUUUUCUGGUGAGCAUAGACCCCAGACUCUGGACGCUCAAAUGGAGGAUGACACAUGGGUGAAAGUU